AUGUUUGCAAAAUUGAUAAAUGCAGCAAAAUAAAAUUUAUUAAUAAUAAUGACAAGUUUUAAUUCAGUUUCCAAGAAGACGAUAACAAUGAAUUGGCUGCUUUUGGUCUUGUUAUUAUUUUUUGAAAAGUGUAUCGCUUUGAAUAUUGAAGGUAGUACCUGUUUCACCAAUGUCGUUAACAAAACCUUACUUAGGGGAAAAUGCAUGGAAAUAGAUGAUUGCGCCUUUGCUCAAAAAUUAUUGCGGCAAGGAAAGCGACCUCAAAAUUGUGGUAUUAGUCGAAAUUCGGUCUUUGUCUGUUGUCCCACGUCACAAAAUAAGAUAACGCAACGUUUGAAAACAAAGAGCGAAGAAAAAUGUGCUGAAUAUUACGACAAAAGGAACAUUUAUCCUGGGAUUGUUGGGGGAGAGAAAGCCAAGCCGAGGGAAUUUCCACACAUGACAGCUAUUGGUUUUGGCACCGUCCUAACAAACGCUAAUUGGUUCUGUGGUGGAAGUUUGAUAAGUGAAAAAUUCGUUCUAACAGCCGCACAUUGUAUCAGUCACCCACAACAUGGGGUCCCGAAAUGGGUCAGAGUCGGUGACUUGAAUCUAAAAAACACAACCGAAGAUGCAAAACCGCAAGAUAUUGAAAUCGAAAAAAUCAUCAAACAUCCACAGUACAACUCGAGUGCCCAUUACCACGACAUUGCCUUACUUAAACUAAAAUCCGUGCUUAAAUUCGGAUCGUAUGUUAAACCUGCGUGUUUAAACACCGAAACAAACCUUUCCAAAGCACAAUUACAAGCAAUCGGUUGGGGAAAAACCGAGUUUUACGGUGAUACUAGCGAUGAUUUGUUGAAGGUUUUCCUCAAGGAGGUACAAUUUCGCAAAUGUGCACAAGUCUAUUCUUCUGCUCGAAAAUUACCACGUGGUUUGGAUCAUCACACACAGAUUUGUGCAGGGGAUCCGGUUGGGAGAGACACUUGUGCUGGUGAUUCUGGUGGCCCCCUUCAUUUUUUAAACAAGGGAACUGGCCACCUUCUUGACCACUUUGUCGUUGUUGGGAUUACCUCCUUUGGGAAAGGAUGUGGGGUUGAAAACAGUGCAGGGGUCUACACAAGGGUAUCGUCCUAUCGUCCGUGGAUUGAAAGUGUUGUUUGGUUGGAUGAAUAAAAAAAUAAAUAAAAUUUUACCAAUUUA